UGCCCUUUUCUUUGCUCGCUGAUUGGAGAGUCUAUGUGGUCCGUCCCGCUCUAGGGCCGCUUGCCCCUCUGCUACGCACUUGCACGACAGACUGGCCAUGCAGAACCAGCCGGUUGCGCGGGAGCUUCCGGGAUCCUGGCCACUAGAACGUACAGUAUGGUUGAAUACUGGAGCUCCUAUGCCGCUUCUGGGGCUGGGCACUUUCCGUCUGCAAGACAAGGAGACGGUGCGCCUCAGUCUGAAUGCUGCUUUAGAGAACGGCUACCGUUUGGUGGACACGGCUGCCGUUUACGGCAACGAGGCAGCCAUAGGAAAUGCACUGCGUGAGCUCCUGCCACGCUAUGGCCUCAGCCGCAAGGACAUCUUCCUUACCAGCAAGCUGAGCCCAAAGAGACCAGGGAGAGGUGCUAAAACAGCCUGCCUCCCAUCGUUGCAGGAACUGGGCUGCAGUUACCUGGACCUCUAUCUCAUCCAUUGGCCGGGCACACAAGGCCGGCCUCAGGAAGAUAAAGGUAACGGAGAACGGCGACAACAGAGCUGGCGAGCUCUGGAGAGGCUGCAUGAAGCCUAGGAAGCUCGAGGAGCCAUUAGAGGUCUCAAGGUACACUGGUAAGGCACCUCGAAGUCUUUGCUGGCCCGAGCUGCAGCGUGCCCAGCAGGUGCUCAAGUAGGUUCACAUCCAGAAUUGGCCCAGUCGGAACUGCUGGAUUUCUGUCACCAGAACGGCAUCCAUCUGCAGGCUUAUUCUUCGCUGGGAACUGGCCAGCUCCUGAGGCGGCCAGAGAUAGUGAAGGUUGCUGAACAUCAACGGCGUACCCCUGCUCAGGUAUUGCUACGCUGGGCUCUGCAGCAGGGUGUGAGCGUCAUCCCCAAGUCCACGUCCCCGACCCGCGUAUCUGAGAACAGUGCGCUGUGGGAUUGGAACUUGACCCAAACUGAGAUGGAGGAAUUAAGAACACUGGAUUGUGGGAAACACUAUUGUUGGGAUCCCAGUGGUGUGGCAUAGGGGUGUGUGUAUGUGUGUGGGAGGGGAGCUGUAAAUGUGAAUUUGAAGUCUUGUCAAAAGCUUUCAUGGCCAGAAUC